AUGCAAAACUCAUCCUCUUUGACGGUCCAGCCGUCCGAGGACAAUAGGCCUCGCACGGCAGACUCCAUGAGCUCCGGCGUGGUCGAGCAACUCUGCUCACUUUCCCUUAACCGCUUCCCACUUAAGGACAACGAGGAGCCCUACUACCCCAGCAUCCGCCCCACCCGCACCCUCGACAAGGGCCAGCAGCCUGGCAAACACAGCAAGCGUUCCACCGGCCCGCCCCAGCUCCGGGGCGACAAGGCUUGGACUCGGUGCCAGGCGCACGACGCUGACCUUCAGAGCCUUCUUGUGUACGACUUUGUCGACCCGGCCAACGGCGUCCCGACGCACGUUCUUUUGGUUGCAGAUGAACAGCCCGUGAGGAUCUGCGCUGAUCGGUACGACAUGAUGAUGAUGCUUUACGAUAACCUUGAGUGCGUCGACUGGCAUGACUUCGUGAGCGAGGUCAAGAAGUUUAUCGUGGCUAUGGAUGGUGCUGAGAGCUCGUUCCGCAGCCUGCGUCUUACGUUGAUUAGGCGUGUCGCCGCGCUUACUAGGGAUGCUGACAGCAACUUUGACAUGUGGCAGCGUGACAUCAUCCGCCUGGACCAUCUGUGCCAGCUCUUCAUCGUUGACACCUGUGAUGUCCUUGAGCCCCCUUCUGAGCCCGCAAAGCCCUCUCUUAUUCGUCGUUUGACCACUCGAAUUUGUCAUUGA